ACUCACAAACACACCUCCUCUCUCUCUCUGCCUUCUCUCUCUUUGCUUGCCUCAGUGCCUUGCACAUUCAAAAAAAUGCCAAAAAUGCCAAGGCCCUCCUCAGGCCCCUCACUUCUCUCUCCCCUCCUCCUCCUCCCUCUCCUCUCUCUCCUCUCCCCAACCCUCAUUUCCUCCAGGCCACUUCAUCUCCAAGACCCUGAAUUGGUAGUACAAGAGGUACAAAGGAAUAUUAGCGACUCAGUAUCUAGGAGGAACUUGGGCUACUUGUCAUGCGGGACCGGCAACCCUAUCGACGACUGCUGGCGGUGCGACCCGAACUGGGAGAAGAACAGGCAGAGCUUAGCUGAUUGUGCGAUAGGGUUCGGAAAGAACGCCAUAGGUGGAAGAGACGGGAAGAUUUACGUGGUCACAGAUUCCGGCGAUGACGACCCCGUGAACCCCAAGCCAGGAACCCUACGACACGCCGUCAUCCAAGACGAGCCAUUAUGGAUCAUUUUCCAGCGUGACAUGACCAUCCAGCUGAAGGAGGAGCUGAUCAUGAACUCCUUCAAGACAAUCGACGGCCGGGGAGCGUCCGUACACAUUGCCGGCGGGCCAUGCAUCACCAUCCAGUUCGUGACCAACAUUAUUAUCCACGGACUGCACAUACACGAUUGCAAGCAGGGUGGGAACGCUAUGGUGAGGAGCUCCCCCAGGCACUUCGGGUGGAGGACCGUAUCGGACGGCGACGGCGUGUCGAUCUUCGGUGGGAGCCACGUGUGGGUGGACCAUUGCUCGUUGUCCAACUGCAAAGAUGGGUUGGUUGAUGCAAUUUAUGGGUCCACUGCGAUAACGAUUUCGAACAAUUACAUGACGCACCAUGAUAAGGUGAUGCUUUUGGGGCAUAGCGAUUCGUAUACCAACGACAAGAACAUGCAAAUCACCAUUGCGUUCAAUCACUUUGGAGAAGGCUUGGUCCAAAGAAUGCCAAGAUGUAGGCAUGGAUAUUUCCAUGUGGUGAACAAUGACUACACCCAUUGGGAGAUGUAUGCCAUUGGUGGGAGUGCAGACCCUACAAUCAAUAGCCAAGGGAACAGAUUUGCUGCACCAGAUAUCAGAUCCAGCAAAGAGGUGACCAAACAUGAGGAUGCACCAGAAAGUGAAUGGAAGAAUUGGAACUGGAGGUCGGAAGGCGACUUGAUGCUCAACGGUGCGUUUUUUACUGCAUCAGGUGCCGGAGCUUCCUCUAGCUACGCCAGGGCUUCGAGCUUGGGUGCAAAGCCAUCUUCUCUAGUGGGUGCGAUUACCACGGCUUCCGGCGCACUUAGUUGCCGAAAGGGCUCUCGUUGCUGAUUGCAUAUCGAGCUUGUGGCCUAUUGAAAACGACAUUCCUAAAGUGAUUAGCUGAAGAACUAUUCAAGUUCAAUUAGACAUAUUUAGGAGGGAAGUGAGAGGAAAACGACAUUUCCUCCAAACAAUAUUUUCUACUUUGUCCCUUUGCUUUUUUACUGUUUUUAAGUCAAUUUUCAUGAUGAUUACAACCUCGCUUUGUUUCUCUGAGGCUGCAUUAGGGUUUCUGUUCAAGAAUCUUGAUGACCUAUAAGAGAAGACAAGUGUUGAAGUGUUGACUAUACUAAAUUAUCAAUCUAUUUCCUGAUAUUUGAUA